AUGGAGUCUAAUUUUGGAUCCACUGAAGAGGUGUUUAUAUGCAUCUCUACAUCUGGAGAUUUCAAAGAAGUGAUUAGUGAUGCUGAGUUUGAUCGAGCCUCUGAGAUGAAGGAUGAAAGAGUUGAUCUGAUCAUUGACAUGCAGCGAAAUAAGUAUGACUGGAGUAAGCAUGUUUGGGCUUAUCAGGAAUCAGUACAAGCAUUUCCGUACAGUUCUGAGGAAGAUAGUUCAGAUAAACAAGUGGAUGAAAAAGCGGCUGAAGAAACAAGUGCGACUAAAAUUGAUGAAGAAAUAGCAACCACUCCUGUGUCUCCUGCAAAGAAGAGAAAGAACAAGUUUCAGGAUAUUGGCGUCUGCUCCUACUCCUACUCCUACUCCUACUCCUACUCCUACUCCGGUGACACUGACACUCGUGCUCCUGCUCUCACUCCUACUCCUAAUCCUACUCCGGUGACUACUGAUACUAGUUUUCCUGAUUCUGCUCGUAAACGCAAAGGUCGCAGGAGAGAUCCUGCUACUUCUCGCAGUGCAGCUCCGGCUCCUUCUCACACUGGUGGUGGUCCAGCAAGUGCUGCUAAGGCAAUGUCUCACAGAAAGGAUGCAGAUUUGUCUGAUGUGUUUGGAAGCUUAUUUGACAAGUUUGGCGUCAAUUUAGGGACCCAAGAGCACCUACAAAAGAAAAUGGGCAACUUUACACAAGAGUCAAAAGUGUACGUUUUUGUUCCAUCUCAAGAUUUUGUCACGCCUUUGACUUCUUCCCGGCCAAAAAACUUCAAGCAACCUUCCUUGAGCGAUAUUUAUGACCCAAAAGUCUGUUCCCAAGACAGUGACUACAAAUUGGUUUUUGUUCCAAAAGAAAAAUGGUCUUAA